AUGCAAGCCUUAAAAGUAGGAGUCUUAGCACUGCAAGGAGCCUUUCUUGAACACAUUAAUAUUCUUAAACGCUUACCGGAAGUAUCUUCAGUUAUUGCCAUUCGCAAUCUCGAACAACUUAAUUCUAUUGAUGCUUUGAUAAUACCUGGUGGUGAGUCUACAACUAUGGCUCUUAUAGCUGAGAGAGCAGGUCUAUGGGAAUCGUUAAAGGAAUUUGUACACACUAAGCCUACUUGGGGGACUUGUGCAGGAAUGAUCUUAUUGGCCAAUGAAGUUUUUAGAACUAAAGCUGGUGGACAAAAUUUACUUGGUGGUUUGGAUAUCACAGUUGAUAGAAAUUAUUUUGGAAAUAUAAAACAAAUUUCAAAUCCAUCUCAUCCAUUUCCAGCACUUUUUAUUAGAGCACCUAUAAUUUCAUCAAUCAAUUCAUCUGAUGUAGAAAUUUUAGCUAGCUUAAAUCAUAAUAAUGAUGAUGUUGAUACUUCAACAGUAGUAGCAGUGAAACAAGGUCAUAUAAUAGCCACUGCAUUUCACCCAGAACUAACCCAUGAUGAUCGUAUUCAUAA